AUGGGUAAUAAGCAAACGAUAUUUACUGAUGAACAGCUAGAUGCAUACCAGGAUUGCACGUUCUUCACUCGGAAAGAAAUCCUUAGGUUGCACCUCCGAUACCGUGAAAUGGCACCAAACGUUGUGCCCAUGGACUAUACAAAGGACCCAGAUGUUAAACUACCUAUGCAGCUUAUAAUAAACAUGCCUGAGCUAAAGGAGAAUCCCUUCAAGGAAAGGAUUGUGGAAUCUUUCUCAGAAGAUGGAGAGGGUAGCCUCAGCUUCAAUGAUUUUGUGGAUAUGUUCUCUGUGCUCAGUGAAAUGGCUCCCAGAGAGCUUAAAGCAAUCUAUGCCUUUAAGAUCUAUGAUUUUAACACAGAUAACUUCAUUUGUAAAUCGGACUUGGAGAAAACCCUCAAUAAGCUGACCCGAGAAGAGCUAACAGCAGAAGAAAUCACUCUAGUUUGUGAGAAAGUGAUAGAAGAAGCUGACAUGGAUGGUGAUGGGAAACUAGGAUUUGCAGAUUUUGAAAACAUGAUUUCCAAAGCGCCGGACUUUCUCAGUACUUUCCACAUAAGAAUCUGA